AUGGCCCAAAGACUGUCCCACACAGGCCACCGUACGGGCGCCUCCCCUGGACUCGACCGGGCAGGAUUCUGGAGGCCAAGUGUUUGGGAAGUCGGGUGCCGAGAGGAGGUGGUGAGACUCGUUCUGGUCCCUCGACACGGAGGAGACACGGAGGAGACACGGAGGAGACACGGAGUAGACACGGAGGAGACACGGAGGAGACACGGAGGAGACACGGAGGAGACACAGAGGAGACACGGAGGAGACACGGAGGAGACACGGAGUAGACACGGAGGAGACACGGAGGAGACACGGAGGAGACACGGAGGAGACACAGAGGAGACAAGGAGGACACGGAGGAGACACGGAGGAGACACGAGGAGACACGGAGGAGACCACAGAGGAGCACGGAGGAGACACGGAGGAGACACGGAGGGACAGAGACACGGAGGAGACACGGAGGAGACACGAGGAGACACGGAGGAGACACGGAGGAGACACACGAGGAGACACGGAGGAGAGCACGAGAGGACGGAGAGACACACGAGGAGAGACUCAGAGGAGACACGGACGAGACACGAGAGACACGGGGAGGAGACACGGAGGAGACACGGAGAGACACGGAGGAGACACGGACAGGAGACACGGAGGAGACACGAGGAGGAGGAGACACGGAGGAGACACGGAGGAGACACAGAGGAGACACGGAGGAGACACGGAGGAGACACGGAGGAGACACGAGGAGACACGGAGGAGACACGAGGAGACACGGAGGAGACACGGAGGAGACACGGAGGAGACACGGAGGAGACACGGAGGAGACACGAGGAGACACGGAGGAGACACGGAGGAGACACGGAGGAGACACGGAGGAGACACGGAGGAGACACAGAGGAGACACGGAGGAGACACGGAGGAGACACAGAGAGGAGACACGGAGGAGACACGCAGGAGGAGACACGGAGGAGAGGAGACACGGAGGAGACACGGAGGAGACACGGAGGAGACACGGAGGAGACACGGAGGAGACACGGAGAGAGCACGGAGGAGACACGGAGGAGACACGGAGGAGCACGGAGGAGGCACGGAGGAAGCACGGAGGAGACACGGAGGAGACACGGAGGAGGCACAGAGGAGGCACGGAGGAGACACGGAGGAGACACGGAGGAGACACGAGAGGAGACACGAGGAGACACGGAGGAGACACGGAGGAGACACGGAGGAGACACGGAGGAGACACGGAGAGACACGGAGAGACACGAGGAGACACGAGGAGACACGGAGGAGACACGAGGAGACACGGAGGAGACACGGAGGAGACACGGAGGAGACACGGAGGAGACACGGAGGAGACACGGAGGAGACAGGAGGAGACACGGAGGAGACACGGAGGAGACACGGAGGAGACACGAGGAGGAGGAGACACGGAGGAGACACGGAGGAGACACGGAGGAGACACGGAGGAGACACGGAGGAGACACGGAGGAGACAGAGGAGACACAGAGAGACACGGAGGAGACACGGAGGAGACACACGGAGGAGACACGGAGGAGACACGGAGGAGCACGAGGAGGCACGGAGGAGCACGGAGGAGACACGGAGGAGACACGGAGGAGACACGGAGGAGACACGAGGAGCAGGAGGAAGCACGGAGGAGACACGGAGGAGACACGGAGGAGGCACAGAGGAGGCACGGAGGAGACACGGAGGAGACACAGAGGAGACACCGAGGAGACACAGAAGAGACACGGAGGAGACACAGAGGAGACACAGAGGAGACACGGAAGAGACACGGAAGAGACCCAGAGGAGACACGGAGGAGACACGGAGGAGACACAGAGGAGACACAGAGGAGACACGGAGGAGACACAGAGGAGACACGGAGGAGACACGGAGGAGACACGGAGGAGACACGGAGGAGACACGGAGGAGACACGAGGAGACACGGAGGAGACAGAGGAGACACGGAGGAGACACGGAGGAGACACGGAGGAGACAUGGAGGAGACAGAGAGAGACACGGAGAGAGACACGGAGGAGACACGGAGGAGAGACGGAGACACAGAGGAGACACGGAGGAGACACGGAGGAGACACGGAGGAGACACGGAGGGACAGGAGGAGACACGGAGGAGGAAGAGACACGAGGAGACACGGAGGAGACACGGAGGAGACACAGAGGAGACACAGAGGAGACAGAGGAGACACGGAGGAGACACAGAGAGACACGGAGGAGAGACACGGAGGAGACACGGAGGAGACACGGAGGAGACACGGAGGAGACACGGAGGAGACACGAGAGACACGGGAGACACAGAAGAGACACGGAGGAGACACGGAGGAGACACGGAGGAGACAUGGAGGAGACACAGAAGAGACACGGAGGAGACACGGAGGAGACACAGAGGAGACACAGAGGAGACACGGAGGAGACACGGAGGAGACACGGAGGAGACACGGAGGACACGGAGGAGGCACGGAGGAGACACGGAGGAGACACGGAGGAGACACGGAGGAGACACGGAGGAGACGGAGGAGACACGGAGGAGACACGGAGGAGACACGGAGGAGACACGAGGAGACACGGAGGAGACACGGAGGAGACACGGAGGAGACACGGAGGAGACACGGAGGAGACACGGAGGAGACACGGAGGAGACACGAGGAGCACAGGAGAGCACGGAGGAGACACGGAGGAGACACGGAGGCACGGAGGACACGGAGGAGACACGGAGGAGACACGGAGGAGACACGGAGGAGACACGGAGGAGACACAGAGGAGACACGAGGAGACACGGAGAGACACGAGAGACACGAGAGACACGGAGGAGACACGGAGACACGAAGAGACACGGAAGAGACACGGAAGAGACACAGAGGAGACACGGAGGAGACACAGAGGAGACACAGAGGAGACACAGAGGAGACACGGAGGAGACACAGAGAGACACGGGGACACGGAGGAGACACGGAGGAGACACGGAGGAGACACGGAGGAGGCACGGAGGAGACACGGAGGAGACACGGAGGAGACACGGAGGAGACACGGAGGAGACACGGGGGACACGGGGAGACGGAGGAGACACAGAGAGACACGGAGGAGACACGGAGGAGACACGGAGGAGACACAGAGGAGACACAGAGGAGACACAGAGGAGACACGAGGAGACACGGGACACGGAGACACAGAGGAGACACGGAGGAGGAGACACGGAGGAGACAGGGAGGAGACACGGUGGAGACACGGAGGAGACACAGAAGAGACACGGAGGAGACACGGAGGAGACACGGAGGAGACACGGAGGAGACACGGAGGAGACACGGAGGAGACACGGAGGAGACACGAGAGACACGGAGGAGACACGGAGGAGACACGGAGGAGACACGGAGGAGACACGAAGGAGGCACGGAGGAGGCACGGAGGAGACACGGAGGAGACACGGAGGAGCACGAGAGCACGGAGGAGACACGGAGGAGGCACGGUGGAGACACGGAGGAGACACAGAGGAGACACAGAGGAGACACGGAGGAGACACAGAAGAGACACGGAGGAGACACGGAGGAGACACGGAGGAGACACGGAGGAGCACGAGGAGGCACGGAGGAGGCACGGAGGAGACACGGAGACGGAGGAGACACGGAGGAGACACGGAGGAGGCACGGAGGAGACACGGAGGAGACACGGAGGGACAGGAGGACACGGAGGAGACACGGAGGAGACACGGAGGAGACACGGAGGAGACACGGAGGAGGCACGGAGGAAGCACGGAGGAGACACGGAGGAGACACGGAGGAGACACGGAGGAGGCACAGAGGAGCACGGAGGAGACACGGAGGAGACACAGAGGAGACACGGAGGAGACACGGAGGAGACACGAAGGAGGCACGGAGGAGGCACGGAGGAGACACGGAGGAGACACGGAGGAACACACGGAGGAGACACGGAGGAGGCACGGUGGAGACACGGAGGAGACACAGAGGAGACACAGAGGAGACACGGAGGAGACACAGAAGAGACACGGAGGAGACACGGAGGAGACACGGAGGAGACACGGAGGAGACACAGAAGAGAUACAGAGAGACACAGAGGAGACACAGAGGAGACACGAGGAGAGACACGGAAGAGACACGGAAGAGACACAGAGGAGACACGGAGAGGAGACACAGAGGAGACACAGAGGAGACACAGAGGAGACACAGAGGAGACACGGAGGAGACACAGAGAGACAGAGAGACAGAGGAGACACAGAGGAGACACGAGGAGACACGGAGGAGACACGGAGGAGACACGGAGGAGACACGGAGGAGGCACGGAGGAGACACGGAGGAGACACGGAGGAGGCACGGAAGAAGCACGGAGGAGACACGGAGGAGGCACGGUGGAGACACGGAGGAGACACAGAAGAGACACGGAGGAGACACAGAGAAGACACAGAGGAGACACGGAGGAGACACGGAGGAGACACAGAAGAGACACGGAGGAGACACGGAGGAGACACGGAGGAGACACGGAGGAGACACGAAUGAGGCACGGAGGAGGCACGGAGGAGGCACGGAGGAGACACGGAGGAAGCACGGAGGAGACACGGAGGAGGCACGGAGGAGACACAGAGGAGACACAGAGGAGACACGGAGGAGACACAGAAGAGACACGGAGGAGACACGGAGGAGACACAGAAGAGACACGGAAGAGACACGGAAGAGACACAGAGGAGACACAGAGGAGACACAGAGGAGACACAGAGGAGACACGGAGGAGACACAGAAGAGACACGGAGGAGACACGGAGGAGACACGAAGGAGACACGGAGGAGGCACGGUGGAGACACGGAGGAGACACAGAAGAGACACGGAGGAGACACGGAGGAGACACAGAGGAGACACGGAGGAGACACGGAGGAGACACAGAAGAGAGGAGACACGGAGGAGACACGGAGGAGACACGGAGGAGACACGGAGGAGACACGGAGGGACAGAGGGCACGGAGGAGGCACGGAGAGACACGGAGGAGACACGGAGGAGACACGGAGGAAGCACGGAGGAGACACGGAGGAGGCACGGAGGAGACACGGAGGAGACACAGAGGAGACACGAAUGAGGCACGGAGGAGGCACGGAGGAGGCACGGAGGAGACACGGAGGAAGCACGGAGGAGACACGGAGGAGGCACGGUGGAGACACGGAGGAGACACGAGGAGACACAGAGGAGACACAGAGGAGACACGGAGGAGACACAGAAGAGACACGGAGGAGACACGGAGGAGACACAGAAGAGACACGGAAGAGACACGGAGAGAGACACAGAGGAGACACGGAGGAGACACAGAGGAGACACAGAGGAGACACAGAGGAGACACAGAGGAGACACGGAGGAGACACAGAGGAGACACGGAGGAGACACGGAGGAGACACGGAGGAGACACGGAGGAGGCACGGUGGAGACACGGAGGAGACACAGAAGAGACACGGAGGAGACACGGAGGAGACACAGAGGAGACACGGAGGAGACACGGAGGAGACACGGAGGAGGCACGGAGGAGACACGGAGGAGACACGGAGGAGACACGAAUGAGGCACGGAGGAGGCACGGAGGAGGCACGGAGGAGACACGGAGGAAGCACGGAGGAGACACGGAGGAGGCACGGUGGAGACACGGAGGAGACACAGAGGAGACACAGAGGAGACACGGAGGAGACACAGAAGAGACACGGAGGAGACACGGAGGAGACACAGAAGAGACACGGAAGAGACACGGAAGAGACACAGAGGAGACACGGAGGAGACACAGAGGAGACACAGAGGAGACACAGAGGAGACACAGAGGAGACACGGAGGAGACACAGAAGAGACACGGAGGAGACACGGAGGAGACACGGAGGAGACACGGAGGAGGCACGGUGGAGACACGGAGGAGACACAGAAGAGACACGGAGGAGACACGGAGGAGACACAGAGGAGACACGGAGGAGACACGGAGGAGACACGGAGGAGACACAGAAGAGACACGGAGGAGACACGGAGGAGACACGGAGGAGACACGGAGGAGACACGAAGGAGGCACGGAGGAGGCACGGAGGAGACACGGAGGAGACACGGAGGAAGCACGGAGGAGACACGGAGGAGGCACGGUGGAGACACGGAGGAGACACAGAGGAGACACAGAGGAGACACGGAGGAGACACAGAAGAGACACGGAAGAGACACGGAAGAGACACAGAGGAGACACGGAGGAGACACGGAGGAGACACGGAGGAGACACGGAGGAGGCACAGAGGAGGCACGGAGGAGACACGGAGGAGACACGGAGGAGACACGGAGGAGGCACAGAGGAGGCACGGAGGAGACACGGAGGAGACACGGAGGAGACACGGAGGAGACACGGUGGAGACACGGAGGAGGCACGGAGGAAGCACGGAGGAGACACGGAGGAGACACAGAGGAGACACGGAGGAGACACGGAGGAGACACAGAAGAGACACGGAGGAGACACGGAGGAGACACGGAGGAGACACGGAGGAGACACGAAGGAGGCACGGAGGAGGCACGGAGGAGGCACGGAGGAGACACGGAGGAGACACGGAGGAAGCACGGAGGAGACACGGAGGAGGCACGGUGGAGACACGGAGGAGACACAGAGGAGACACAGAGGAGACACGGAGGAGACACAGAAGAGACACGGAGGAGACACGGAGGAGACACAGAAGAGACACGGAAGAGACACGGAAGAGACACAGAGGAGACACGGAGGAGACACGGAGGAGACACGGAGGAGGCACAGAGGAGGCACGGAGGAGACACGGAGGAGACACGGAGGAGACACGGAGGAGACACGGAGGAGGCACAGAGGAGGCACGGAGGAGCCACGGAGGAGACACGGAGGAGACACGGAGGAGACACGGAGGAGGCACGGAGGAGACACGGAGGAGACACGGAGGAGACACGGAGGAGGCACAGAGGAGGCACGGAGGAGACACGGAGGAGACACAGAGGAGACACGGAGGAGACACGGAGGAGACACGAAGGAGGCACGGAGGAGGCACGGAGGAGACACGGAGGAGACACGGAGGAAGCACGGAGGAGACACGGAGGAGGCACGGUGGAGACACGGAGGAGACACAGAGGAGACACAGAGGAGACACGGAGGAGACACAGAAGAGACACGGAGGAGACACGGAGGAGACACGGAGGAGACACGGAGGAGACACGGAGGAGACACGGAGGAGACACAGAAGAGAUACGGAGGAGACACAGAGGAGACACGGAGGAGACACAGAGGAGACACAGAGGAGACACAGAGGAGACACAGAGGAGACACAGAAGAGACACGGAGGAGACACGGAGGAGACACGGAGGAGACACGGAGGAGACACGGAGGAGACACGGAGGAGACACAGAAGAGACACGGAGGAGACACGGAGGAGACACAGAGGAGACACAGAGGAGACACGGAGGAGACACGGAGGAGACACGGAGGAGACACGGAGGAGACACAGAGGAGACACAGAGGAGACACCGAGGAGACACAGAAGAGACACGGAGGAGACACAGAGGAGACACAGAGGAGACACGGAAGAGACACGGAAGAGACACAGAGGAGACACGGAGGAGACACGGAGGAGACACAGAGGAGACACAGAGGAGACACGGAGGAGACACAGAAGAGACACGGAGGAGACACGGAGGAGACACAGAGGAGACACGGAGGAGACACGGAGGAGACACAGAGGAGACACGGAGGAGACACAGAAGAGACACGGAGGAGACACGGAGGAGACACGGAGGAGACAUGGAGGAGACACUGAAGAGACACGGAGGAGACACGGAGGAGACACAGAGGAGACACAGAGGAGACACGGAGGAGACACGGAGGAGACACGGAGGAGACACGGAGGAGGCACGGAAGAGACACGGAAGAGACACAGAGGAGACACGGAGGAGACACGGAGGAGACACAGAGGAGACACAGAGGAGACACGGAGGAGACACAGAAGAGACACGGAGGAGACACGGAGGAGACACAGAGGAGACACGGAGGAGACACGGAGGAGACACAGAGGAGACACGGAGGAGACACAGAAGAGACACGGAGGAGACACGGAGGAGACACGGAGGAGACAUGGAGGAGACACAGAAGAGACACGGAGGAGACACGGAGGAGACACGGAGGAGACACAGAGGAGACACGGAGGAGACACGGAGGAGACACGGAGGAGACACGGAGGAGGCACGGAGGAGACACGGAGGAGACACGGAGGAGGCACAGGAGACACGGAGGAGACACAGAAGAGACACGGAGGAGACACGGAGGAGACACGGAGGAGACACGGAGGAGACACGGAGGAGACACGGAGGAGACACAGAAGAGACACGGAGGAGACACGGAGGAGACACGGAGGAGACACGGAGGAGGCACAGAGGAGGCACGGAGGAGACACGGAGGAGACACGGAGGAGACACGGAGGAGACACGGAGGAGUUACACAGGAGGCACGGAGGAGACACGGAGAAGACACGGAGGAGACACGGAGGAGACACGGAGGAGACACGGAGGAGACACAGAGGAGACACAGAGGAGACACGGAGGAGACACGGAGGAGACACGGAGGAGACACAGAGGAGACACGGAGGAGACACGGAGGAGACACGGAGGAGACACAGAGGAGACACAGAGGAGACACAGAGGAGACACGGAGGAGACACGGAGGAGACACGGAGGAGACACGGAGGAGACACAGAGGAGACACGGAGGAGACACGGAGGAGACACGGAGGAGACACAGAAGAGACACGGAGGAGACACAGAGGAGACACAGAGGAGACACGGAGGAGACACGGAGGAGACACGGAGGAGACACAGAGAGGAGACACGGAGGAGACAAAACGACGGCUCCGGGAGUUCUAACAGUUGA